CCCGUUGAGCUCUCUGUCUUGUCUCUCUCAAUUUUAUUAUCGUCAUCAUCCUCUUUUGUUUCUUUUCUCCUAACGUUUCUCUUUCUUCUUCGAACAAUCUCCAAAACUUUUUGUUUUUUUGUUUGAGAAGAAAGAACCAAACUAUUACACCAAGAGAAGAGUUUAGUUUAGUCUUUGUUGUUCGCGAUGUCGGACUCUGGUUCUUCUCACAAGUCCUCCUCCACAAAGUUACCUUCAAUAUUGGGACUAAACAUCUACAUAGUUAUCGCGAUAUGUUCUGUUUUCAUACUCUUGAUCUCGGUCCUCAUCUUCCUCUUCGUCUGUCUGAACCGAGUCUCACGCGCUCGUAGAAUGCGUGUGAAACACAGCUCAGGCUCGAUCCCGCUUGUCUCCAAGGAGAUAUCGGAGAUCAAGAAGACGGUCGGAAAGUUUAUUAGAAACUCCGACGAAUCAAAGGGUAAGAUCGGAAACGAAGCUGUCGUCGUGGUUCCCGCAUCGAGCAAAGAAGCGACGACUACGAGUACGAGUGGUGGGUUUGACACUUUGUCGGUGGCUUCGAGCGGUGGUGACGUUGGUCCCGAGGUGAUGGGAUGGGGAAGAUGGUAUAGCUUGAAAGAUCUGGAGAUCGCGACGCGUGGCUUCUCUGAUGAGAACGUGAUCGGUGAAGGAGGUUACGGCGUCGUUUAUAGAGCUGAUUUCUCUGACGGUUCUGUCGCCGCCGUCAAGAACCUCCUUAACAACAAGGGUCAGGCAGAGAAAGAGUUCAAAGUUGAAGUGGAAGCUAUUGGAAAAGUAAGACAUAAGAACUUGGUUGGUCUGAUGGGAUAUUGUGCUGACAGUGUUCAAAGGAUGCUUGUGUAUGAAUAUAUUGAUAAUGGAAACUUGGAGCAGUGGUUGCACGGUGAUGUAGGUCCGGUUAGUCCUCUUACGUGGGAUAUCCGCAUGAAGAUUGCUAUUGGAACAGCAAAAGGGUUAGCCUAUUUACAUGAAGGGCUUGAACCUAAGGUUGUGCACCGUGAUGUGAAAUCUAGUAACAUCUUGCUCGAUAGGAAAUGGAACGCGAAAGUGUCUGAUUUUGGUUUGGCCAAGUUAUUAGGAUCUGAAACAAGCUAUGUGACAACUCGUGUUAUGGGAACUUUUGGAUAUGUUUCACCGGAAUAUGCAAGUACUGGUAUGCUCAAUGAGUGUAGUGAUGUCUACAGUUUCGGUGUUUUGCUCAUGGAGAUGAUUACAGGAAGAAGUCCUGUAGAUUAUUCAAGACCGCCUGGCGAGAUGAACUUAGUUGAUUGGUUUAAAGGAAUGGUUGCAAGUAGACGUGGAGAAGAAAUUAUAGAUCCUAAAAUCAAGACCUCACCACCACCAAGAGCUUUGAAAAGAGCUUUGCUUGUUUGUUUGCGUUGCAUAGACCUUGAUGCUAGUAAACGACCAAAGAUGGGACAAAUCAUUCACAUGCUUGAAGCUGAAGACUUCCCUUUCCGUCCUGAUCACAGAUCAAACCAGGAAAGAAUGACCGAGAAAGCUUCAAUGGCAAACAAGAAUGUCCAUCACGGUUGAGUAUUCGUUACACAUCCACAAAUUGAUAGAUGUUUCCAUGUUUUAUUAAUUCUUAAAAUUGAUGAUUGAUAUGCCUAAAGGAAAAAAAUUGGAGAAAUGAGAUUAGAUAUAUGAGGAUGGAAUUCAGAUUUAAGGCUUGUAUUUUGUAUAUAACAUAUAUGUAAUGUAUAAAUAAAUUAGUGAAACUCUAUAAAGAAUGUUACAUUCCUUCUC